AUGCUGCGCCGCACUUUCUUCUCUCUCUGCAGUGUUCCUUCAUCCAUGCGAUGGAAACCAAUUCUCGAUGUGGCCCAUUUUGAUGUUUGUGUGAUUGGCGCCGGUCCGGCCGGUGUGUCCGCCGCCCUUCGCGCCGUGGAUUACAAAAAGCGGGUUUGUCUUGUGGAGAAGAAACGCAUUGGCGGCUGUGAUCUCUGGAAUGGGGCCCUGCAGUCGAAAGUAAUGUGGGAGAUGUCUAAUUUCUUAGCAAAGGCCAACGGCAGUGCGGCCCAGCGAGUGUACAAUACCACCAUCUCGCAGUAUAUGGAAUUAGAUGAGGAACGCAUGCGGGAAACUCUUAUAAAGGCCAGCACUAUGCGGGAAAAACAAAUCCUCGCCGCCCUGGAGGCCGCUGGGGUAACGUUAAUGUACGGACGUGCCUUCUUUGCAAGUCCACGGGAAUUAGAAGUACGCAAUCGUGAUACCCGCGAGUACCGUACAUUAACGGCGGAUUAUUUUAUUAUCGCCACAGGAUCCACCCCGGUAGAACACCCAUAUGUAGCGGUAGACCACAAACGUGUAGUGACCUCAGAUGAUAUUAUGAUGAUGCCACUACCAAAGAGUAUGGUGAUUGUGGGAGCUGGAGUUCUCGGCAGUGAGUUUGCCGCCAUCUACGCACGGCUUGGCACAACGAAAGUGUAUCUUCUCGAUAAGGAAGAGUGUAUUAUGCCAAAAGAGGAUGAUGAUAUAGUGGCAAAGAUACAGGAAAGUAUGGAAAAACAUGGUGUGGUGAUUCAUCAGGAUUCUAUCUUGUAUAAUAUGCAAUCAUGGGAGGAAAAUGAAGAAGAAACCAGUGAGCAUCCAGAAGAUCCUACACCUCGCAGUGGUGUGCGGUACACUAUUAUGAAUCGUAAGACUCGAGAACUCUGUACAUAUGAAGUGGAACGUGCUCUUAUUGCCAUUGGACGUCAACCAUUCUAUCAUGGAUUAGGUUUACAGAAUGCCAAGUGUAAGGUGCGAGAUGGGAUACUCGUAUUGGAUGAUUUCGGUAUGUGUGAAGGACAGAAUCAUAUCUAUGCUAUUGGUGAUGCCGCUGGGGAUUCUAAAUUAGUGAGUGUGGGUGAGGCAAGAGGACAACUUGUUAUUGAUCGUAUAUAUGGUGUACAGAGAGUUCAUCCACUUCGACAUGAUUUCACACGACUUAUAUUUCUUACCAUUGCGGUUGCUUCUGUUGGUAUGAAUGAAAAAUUGUGUAGAAGUCAAAAUUUAUCCUACAUUAUGGCUAAAUACAGUUUUGAACUUUGUAGUCGUACCAUUGCUGCAGAUAGUACCACAGGUUUUGUGAAGAUACUUGCUACCAAUGAUUCCUCAAAGACCCUCUUGGGUGUACGGGUGGUAGGAACAAAUGCCAGUACGAUUAUUGAACUCGCUUCAGCUGCCAUUAAGAAGAAGCAAUCUGCUUAUGAGUUUAGUGAACUCGUAACAGCAUACCCUUCUGUUUCUCAGGCUUUUCUAGAGUGUUUACGUGUUAUUCUUGGCAGCUCUACAUUAAAGCCAGGAACAUUUCCUGGUCUUGUCUGUGAGACAUGGACCCCAUCAGGGUAUGAGCGUGGUCGUGCCUACAAGGAUUCCACAGAUACAUCUAAAGAGGAAGAAGAGGAAGAGGAGAAUGAUGAAGAUGAGGAUGAAGGGAAUGUAGAGAGUACGAGGGAGAGGAAUGCGCAGAAGGCAUCUAAUGCCUUUAUGGAACGUGUAAAGCAGAUGUCUACAGAGGAAUUAUAUGAGGCAAAGAGAGUAACAGAGGCGAUAGAAACUGCAGCUGUGGGAAAGUCAAAUGUUGAAUCGACAUCAUCUUCAUCUAAUCCUAAUACUUCUACACCUACUACCACAUCUUCUUCUUCUGCUUCUGUUUAUCCUACUCCCGGAUCCUUUUUCCAUUGA